AUGUGUGUGCUAUGCUAUUAUUUGGUUGUUAGUGUUGGUCCUGGGUCACCCUUGGAUUUUCCUGAGUUGAAAAUUCGUUAUAAUUCAACAGCUUCUGAAAAUAUCUAUGAUCCGUUAUCACAAGCUCCAGAUUUGGCGCUUACAGACCUCACAGACGAAUCAAUAAGUCAUGGUCUAGAGAAUGGAACUAUUGUUCAACCUCCAAAAUAUUUGGUGUUGCAUACAUUUACUGUGAAAAAUUCUGGGAAUUUCAGAUUUUGCAACCGUUGUAAGAUUUGGAAACCUGAUAGAUGUCAUCAUUGUUCAACAUGUCAAAAAUGCAUAUUAAAAAUGGACCAUCAUUGUCCUUGGUUUGCAUCAUGCAUUGGUUUCAAAAAUUCCAAAUAUUUUAUACAAUUAUUAUCGUAUAUUGUAUUGUUGACUUUUUAUUGUUUUAUUGUUUGUGGGUAUAUUUUAUUUGAUUUCUUUUUUAAAGAAAACUAUAAAAGCAAAUAUUUCAAUUUAAAUCAAUUGUUUUUGAUGAUAAUAAGUUUGAUUUUUUGCAUAUCGGUGUUUGUGUUUGAUCUUUUUACAAUUUACCAGUGUUCAAAAAACCAAACAACAAUUGAAUCAUUUGAAUCAGAAAGAUACAGGAUUAAUUUGAAUAAGGUUAAUGAUAAGAAUUAUAAAUAUUCAAACCAACCAAGUUCUAAAAAGUUUGGAAAUAUAUUUGAUUUAGAAUCCAAAAGUAGGAAUAUUAAACAAGUUAUGGGAAAUAGUUGGAUUGAAUGGGUUUUUCCAAUAAAAAACAAGUCUAUUCAUAAUAAUACAUUUUUAGACAAUGGUUUAAAUUUUCCGGUGAACAUUAAGAUAUAUGAUCAAUUAUUGGAAAAUGCAAGAUUACAAAAUGCAUUGGCCAACCAGUUAGUAAAUUUAAGAUCAAUGUAUCAUAGUCCAGAUAUUAGUAGUGAGAAUGUUGAGACUCAAGGACUAUUGAGUUCUGGUGAAAUAGUAUAA